CUGUACCUUCGCCGCGGCUGGGCGGCUAGUUCAAGUUGCCAUAGCUGCGAGUCUGGGGAGAGCGGAGUCGGUUGCGUUGCGGCGUCUGGUCAGUUACACCUUCUGGGGUUGCCGGUCGGCAAUGAUCCGGCGUUAAGGACCUGGGGUCCUCUUCUAGUUCAGGAUUUUUAUACAUCAAUGGCAGAAUCCUCCAGUGAUUCAGAUCACUACCGCUCUCGUGACCGAUUGAGUCGAUGGGCUGCCAGUUCAGUACACAGGGAAGUUCGACAUCGUCCUACUGUGGAUGUCACUGAGAAGGUCAACACCAUAACCAGUACUUUACAGGACACCAGUCGGAACCUGCGACAAGUCGACCAGAUGCUUGGACAUUACCGAGAGUAUAGUAAUGGACAGGCGGGAGCUAUAGAACAUUUAAAAGAAAGCUUGGAACAAUCAAUAGGCCAACUGCGGAGUCAACGGUUGUCGAGAAACUCAGGAGGGAGAAGUAUUUCUGUUACAAGUCUGAGUACAAGUGACCUCGAUGGUGGCACUGUGACAGACAGCUACCGUUUUCCACCUACCUCACCUCUCAAGGACUAUGGGGAUCAACAGGGUAUUAAACGAAAUAGGUCCAAAACUGGUGUCCGAUUUGUUCCAGAGACUGAUGACGUGGGCCAGUUUCAUGCUUUUCAUCAGUCCCUCCGAGACCUCAGCAGUGAACAAGUUCGCCUUGGAGAUGAUUUCAACCGGGAACUUGCCAGAAGAAGCCGGUCAGAUGCUGCAACAAGAAGGGCUUUGGAAGAAUUGACUGAAAAACUUAAUGAAGCCCAAAAACAAGAUGUGGUUUCAGAUCGAGUGGAGCGGCGGCUUCAGGAAAUAGAGAAAGAGAUGCGAACAGAAAGAGAGCUGGUGGAAAGACGGCAGGAUCAACUGGGACUUAUUUCUCAGCAGCUGCAGGAGGCACUGAAGAAACAAGAAGCUAAAGCAGAGGAGAAUGAAGGAGAAAUGAAAAAUAAGCUAAGACAAACAGAAAGUGAGAAGAGUAAACUUCAACAGGAAUUGGAGCUAUCUCGAAGGUUACUGAAUCAGUCAGAAGGCAGCAGAGAAACUCUUUUGCAUCAAGUAGAAGAACUCCGUACGCAGCUUAUGAAAGCAGAAGGAGAUCCAAAGGGUUUACAUCAUCAAGUAUCUCAGAUUUCCAGGCAACAGUCAAGUCUUCAGGAUGAACAGGGAGAUGACUGGAGGUUUAGGAGAGGGGUUGAGCGAGAGGAUCUGGAGAAGCAGAUGUCAGAUUUGAGAGUGCAGCUGAACUUCAGUGCAAUGGCUUCUGAGUUAGAGGAAGUGAAGCGGUGCUUGGAGCGAAAGGACAAGGAGAGAGUACAUUUGGCAGCCCAAGUGGAGAAUUUAACCUGUGAAUUGGAGGACAGGGAAAAACAGCAGCUAGAGAUGUUGGAUGAACUGAAGGAGAUCCAGAAGCACUUUGAGACGUGUGACGCCAAACACAAGCGCGCUGACCUGCAGAUCAUGAAGCUGACUCAGCACGCCGAGGAGGCCACCAAGCAGGCUGAGCAGUACCUUCUGGAGUUCCAGCAGUCCGAGGGCCUGAGACAGGAGGCAGAGAAGAGGAGAGAGGAGCUGAAGCUGAAAGCUCAGGAGUCCAUUAGGCAGUGGAAGCUUAAGCAUAAGAAGUUAGAACGUGCGCUGGAGAAACAAUCUGAAAGUCUCGAUCAACUGUCAGACAAGAAUAAUCAGAUUCUAAAAGAAAAGGAUGAACUGAAAAGCCAGCUUUAUGCAGCACUGCAACAAAUAGAAAGUCUCCGAAAGGAACUGAAUGAUGUGCUGACCAAGCGUGCCCUUCAAGAGGAGGAGCUUCAUUGUAAGGAGCAGAAGCUAAGUGAUGUUAAGUCUCAUCAAGCUGAUCUUGAACUGGAAGUCAAGGAUUCCCUGGAUACCAUCCAUAGGCUAGAAAGUGAAUUGAAAACACAGAAUAAGAUUCAAAGCCAGUUGAAAGCUGAGAAAACUCACCUGGAGGAACAGAUUGCAGAGCUGAAGGAGAGCCAGACCAAGGACAAAGCUCAACUUCUUGAGAUGCAAGAGGCCAUCAAGGACUUGAGUGCCAUCCGGGCAGACCUCGCGAAUAAAUUGGCGGAGGAACAGAGAGCUAGGAAGGAGGUCCUCAAGAACCUUUCUGACCUCAGGACACAAACGAAAUCUAAAGAUGAGGAAACAGCUACAGUCAUUACUCAGUUAAAGCUCGAAAGAGACAUUCACCAGAGGGAGCUGGAAGAUCUCACAUCAUCAUUGCAGAGUGUGAAAACGAAACACGAACACAAUAUCCAGGAGCUGAUGAAGCACUUCAAGAAGGAAAAGAGUGAGGCUGAGAAUCAUAUUAGGACCCUGAAGGCAGAAAGCUUAGAAGAUAAGAAUAUGGCUAAGGUCCAGCGUUGUCAGCUGGAGAAGCUGAAAUCACAGUAUGACAGACUGACAGAGGAAUUAACCCAGAAUGAAAAUGAGAACAAAAAAUUGAAGCUAAAAUACCAGUGUUUGAAGGAUGAACUAGAAGAAAAGGAAAAACAUAUAACCAAUGAAGAAGAACACCGUAGGAGGAUGGAAGAGGCCAGAUUGCAGCUCAAGGAUCAACUUCUUUGUCUGGAGACUGAACAGGAAUCCAUCCUUGGGGUUAUAGGAAAGGAAAUUGAUGCAGCUUGUAAAACGUUCUCCAGGGACUCAAUGGACAAAUUGAAAGUUUUUUCAUCUAGUCCUGAUAUUAAUUAUGACCCACAUCGCUGGUUAGCAGAGAGCAAGACAAAACUUCAGUGGCUCUGUGAGGAGCUGAAAGAGAGAGAAAACAGAGAGAAAAGUCUACGGCAUCAGCUGAUGUUGUGCAGACAGCAACUCAAGAAUAUGACUGAAAACAAGGAAGCUGAGCUUCAGUGUCUCUUUGAACAGAUAGAAAGACAGGAGCAACUUCUGGAGGAGAUACACCGAGAGAAGAGAGAUCUGCUGGAGGAGACUCAUAGAAAAGAUGAAGAAAUGGAAUCUCUGCAGGACCGUGUAAAUGCCUUAGAAACGAGUACCCGAGUGGCUUUGGACCAUCUGGAGUCUGUGCCUGAGAAACUGAGCCUACUAGAAGAUUUCAAAGGCUUCCGAGGUUCCCGCAGUUUAUCUGACAGAAUUGACGGGAGAUAUUCGAAAUACCGAGUUCACAGAGAUUCUCUUCAGCAGUGCCGGGAUGACACCAAGCUCAGAAUCCAAAGCUUCAAAGAUGACAGAAACUUUGCUGAAAGCUCCCAUGCUUAUGGGUUAGAUCAGUCAUCUUGUUGGCAGGAUCACAGUCGCUUCCUGUCUAGUCCACGAUUUUCCCACUUGAACUCAUUUACUCAAAGAACAGUUGCUCCAGACUCACCUUCAAUCAAGGAAGAUGCCCCAAGUUUACUGAUGGAUGGAAGAAGUCCACAACCCAGAAAGGAGGAAUACGAAAGCAAAAACAGCAAAAUGUAAUUAGUUACUUUACCUGAGUGUUUUACAAAUAAUAGUAUAUGUAUCCUUGCCACAGUUUGGCCCAGAUAAUCUAGCAGACAUGUCUGCAGCUUCUGCUCUUCAGCAUUGCCAAACACUGACUGAAAGACAGUGCAGCUGGUCUUUGUGGAUGAUAUAAGUUAAACCAAUCCAAAUAAUAUCAGCUCGUGAAUGACAUACAGCUAACUUACUGGCAACUUACACCAGCAGAGAAAGAAGAAUAUUUUUCACCUUGCAUUUUCCAUUUUCAGGUGUAGUCAGUCACAUUCUUCUGACCAAAAUUUGGAUUUAUAAUUGAGGUCUUUCAAAAAUGACUGGCUGAAAAAGAGGAAAAUGAGUUCUCCUUGAGGCAGAAGUUGCCGGCACUUUGAAUUCAGGGAGCAUUUGUAUACAAGUGACUUUAUUUUGAUGCUUUCUCCCUCAUAAAUUAUCAUGUGUUAUAACAUGUCAUGGAGAUAUGCAUAUAUAAUAUUAGACAGUCCACUUUAUAAACGCUCAGGAUUGUUAACAUCUAUCAUCUCAGCAGUCUGUUACUACAUGCAGUAUCUUAAAAUUAUUUCCAAUCAUCCAUUUUUGUAACAAUGAAGAAUUUACAAAUGAAAUCUGAAUUGUUAGAGUUAUAAAGAAUUUGUAGCAUAUUUUAUUUAUUCGUCUUUUUGUGGCCAAAUAUCCCACUGUGAUCACUCCGGUCAUAUCCUGUACCUUCUUUGGUUUACUCUGACCAGAAUCAUAGCGCCAAACUCCUGUGUCCAUGAGAUUUACUUUCCAAGAGUUCUAGUAUAAUCUGUUACUAUCUGUCUGAAUUCUUUGAGUAUCUUAAGAGUCUUUCUCAACAUCAAAGUGUUUUUAAGAACCUAUUCUCUUUACAUGCUGAUUUACCAGUGAAGAAAGAUUUUUAUUAAAUGCUAAAUAAGAGUAAAUAGCCAGGAACUAAAUCCCACUGGGUCAUGAUGGAAAGAUUCUGAAUAGAGACAAGGACAAUAAAGCAGUGUCUUCAUAAUG